AUGUCUCUCUUUUCUCCUAAGGUCGGCGACAACAACGAGUCAGGCUCAGGAGGUCAAGCACCAACACCAUGGCAAGACUUGAGGAAUGAGCAGGAUAGGGAGGUUUUUGAGGUCUGUAGUCGACGUCUCCAGCGUGGGUACACACCAAGUCAGAAUAUCCACAAGGCUCUUAUCAGUUCUAUCCGGUCUUCGUUUCUUGCUUCCUUGAAUGGGAGCCAGCGAGCCAGUCUGAUGAACGGGGACUCCUCGGGUGUCCAGCGGUCGACUUCUGGAGAUGAGGAUCUCCAAGACUUUCAACAACCGUGGUACCAGCCUCGGCACCACCCGUGCUAUGCCUCGCCAGAUCAAGAGUACUCGUCGGGAUCCUUUGAGAAGGAGGCACAUCAGCGUCGGGAGGAGGAGCUUUUGGAAGUCAUCGCACAGUUGGAGAAGGACUUGCAAGAACUGCAUAACUCGACUGUGGAACUGCAGACCAGACUUCAUGAAAGUGAAGAGCGAAACGAGCGCAUGGUUGUAGAACAUGAUUGUGCCUUGCGGCACGUCAAGGAGGAAUACGACCACCAAAUCCAUGAUACCAAGAAACGCACAAAACGAUUCUACGAUGAGACUGUGCGGAAACGCCAGCGCGAUGAAGGCAAACGUCUCGAGGCACUCCAAGAACAACUCUCCCAAACCCAAGCAGCCAACAAGGACCUUCGGACCACCAUCCGAGGAUUACAGCGUGAACGACUUGAUGCGGAGCAAGACCAAAGGGAUGAUCUUUCGGUGUUGUGUCUCUUUAUUGAGAAUGAGUUGGGUCCUAUGGUGUCUGACCUUGCUGGCGGUAAAGAUAAUGGCGGUGUUAUACAGUUGCAGGCUGUUGGGGCUUUUAAGUGUCGUCGACCUUCGACUAUCAACACUGCCACCACUGCUAUUACUAAAGGCAACCUCUACGAUCACGACCUUACGCCCACAACAGCUGUACCCCAUCCUUUCCCUAUCCCUCUCCCCACUCCAUCCUCACAAGACAACUCCCCACCCAAACCAAGCACAACAACAGCAACCAGACAAUGCACCUCCCCACGUGGUCAGAAGUGUAUAUCCCUCCUCAAACAGCUCCAAUCAGCCCUUUCCAUCUUCGCAAACGCCACCGCUGUAACAACACCCACGACCACAACUCCCCACGACCCCUACAAGGCGUCCUCUAUGCCGUACCCAGCAGGAGAAGGACUUCAACAGGAGGAGUCUGCAAAGACACCUGCACCGUUCCGAACGACCCACAGUCGAUACACCGGCACUGCCACCACGCAUGGACGACACGUCGCUCUGACAGAAGAACACUUGGUCCGAAUCCAUGAGACAGAACAACUCGAGGACUUGAACUCUCGACGGGCAUGGAAGCGGUAUAGCGAUAGUAGUAGCGCUAGCAGUGGGCAUACCGUCGUUGCACCCGCACUUCCACCAAUGCCUUUCCGGCAGAUUGUCCUCUCAAAGAUCACCGGCACUCCAACGACAGCAGCCGUGACACCACCACCGCCACUAGCAACAAACCCUCGUGUUCCCUCAGUAUCUGAGAAACCACCAGCCUCGGUCUCGAUAUCCACCCCAAUCAGCGUGACGACCACCGCCAUAUCUAGUCCCCAAAAGCAUAUACCACUCACCACUACCACAACUACCUCCUCACCACCAACCAAGACCAAGACCAAGACCAACAACACCGUCGACACCAAGGAGAAGGGCAAGGAGAAGAAGAAGGAGAAGGAAAAGGACAGGUCAUUACAGCAAUGCCUCGCAGAGCAACACACGCGCUACCAAAAGGAGAUCGAGCGGAUCAAACAACAAUGUAUCAAUAUCUAUCGCCAGUCUUUGGAGGAUGUGCGUGCAGAUAUGAAGUUUAAGCUUGGGCAAGCAGGACGAGGAGGAGGGCAGACACGGCGUGGUAGAAGUACGACUGCCGUCACUGCCGUACCUGUGGCGGCAAUAGCAACUGCACAUUGA